UUCAAAAUCAUCGUCCACCAACAUCUCUGAUCGAGCUCAACUAUUCUGUAAUAUUUUUCAUCUUUCAAUCUAUAAAAUGUCAGGAUUUGAAAAAGAAGAAGAAAGGCAAACACAGAAAGCUUUUGGAUGGGCAGCUUUUGACUCUUCGGGAAUUCUUCGUCCUUUCCAUUUCACUAGAAGGGCCAAUGAGGAGAAUGAUAUAACAAUCAAGAUUGUUUACUGUGGGAUUUGUUAUUCUGAUUAUCACAUGAUUAAAAAUGAUUUUGGGUUUUCUUCCUAUCCUAUGGUUCCGGGGCAUGAGAUUGUGGGAGUGGUGACCAAAGUGGGAAGCAAGGUGAAAAAAUUCAAGGAAGGAGAUAAAGCUGGAGUGGGUUGUAAAAUUGAUUCAUGUGACAGCUGCCAGCAUUGCCAAGACCACUUGGAAAACUAUUGCUCUAAAAGCAUUGACACCUACACAAUCUUUGAUCAUGGUGGAGAGAAAGUCUAUGGCGGAUAUUCAGAUAUUCUUGUUGUUAAUGAACACUUUGCCGUUCAUAUUCCUGAAAGUCUGGAAUUAGAAAGAGUGGCUCCGUUGCUUUGUGCAGGAAUUGCAGUGUUUAGCCCGAUGAAAUUCUAUGGACUUGACAAGGCAGGAAUGCAUGUGGGCGUGGUUGGUCUCGGUGGAUUAGGGCAUGUUGCUGUUAAAUUUGCUAAAGCAUUUGGGAUGAAGGUCACUGUGAUUAGCACAUCUCCCAAUAAGAAGAUUGAAGCCAUUGAACAGCUUAAAGCUGAUUCUUUUUUGGUUAGUCAUGACACCAUGCAAAUGCAGGCAGCUGCAGGCACAAUGGAUGGUAUAAUCGACACAGUCUCUGCAAAGCAUCCUCUAGACCCAUUAAUUGAUCUCCUGAAGCUUAAUGGAAAACUCAUAUUGUUGGCUGUGCCAAACAAGCCCAUUGAGUUGUCAGCUAUGUCUUUACUUUUGGGAAGAAAGAUGAUUGCUGGAAGUGCGACAGGAGGGAUGAAGGAGACACAAGAGAUGGUAGAUUUUGCAGCAAGACAUAACAUUACUGCAAAUGUUGAAGUCAUAUCAAUGGAUUAUGUGAAUAAAGCGAUGGAUCGUCUUGCCAUGGGAGAUGUUCGUUAUCGAUUCGUUAUUGACAUUGCCAACACUCUCAAGCCUUAGCUACCACUGCAAAGAUCAAUCACUCUACCAAGCAUCAAUUUAUGCAAAUAAAUGCAAUAUAUUUUCCAUUAAUUUGGUGUUUAAUUAACUUUACCUCAUAUUUCAUAUGUUAUGCUGAAUUGAAUUUGUAUUUUAUACUACUACAUAUUUGAAUUAUAUUAUAUUAUUGGUGUAUCGGUAUGUAACACCCCACCCGAAUGUCCUAUCCUUCGGGAUAAAAUGCUAUUAAAAAUCUAUUAUACAUGAAUGUUAUCUUAAAUUAAAAUCA